AGAGAGAAAGAGGGAGGGAGGGGAGGGAUCGAGAGAGAGAGCGGGGAGAGAGAGGCUGCAAUCUCCUCCCUGAAACGCGCACAGCGCUGCAGAUCCCUCUGCUCCAACACGCGGGCCGAAUGCAGGUGAGGGAAGGCACGGACUCUGCGGCGGAGAAUCCAAACUUGGGCACCGCGCGCUGCGCAAGGUUCGGCCCUCGCCCCCGCAGGCGAAUGGUGACUGCGGUUUCAGGCGGCGGCUUCGUGACUAAUGACCUUGCGCAGAGUUGUUAAGGAAAAAAGAGAAACCCGAGCUCUCAGGGGUGAGAAGCGACCGACUCCGGGUGGCUCUGAAGAUGGCUCGAGCUGCUCUUUGGCGCGCCGGGGGUACCCGGACGCGGACCGCGCUGUGACUCGAGGAGUCUCCACCGCAUGGUGCUUAGAGCGACCCGCGGGCUGGUUUUCAUUCAAGAUCUGUAGACUGGUUUCCCUGCUGCUCGAGAGGAGUCAGAGUUGAGACUGGCUUGUUACCGGCCCCUGAGAGAGCCUCGUGCAGGAAGCCACUCACGUUCGUCUGGACAGCCGGAGCCGGAACUGAGGCUGGGCUGGAGUAAGUGGCUGGAACGUGAAUUGGACUCAACUCGAGGAGCAGCGAGGACCCGCGGGGCUGGCGGGCACAGGAGGCUGCAAGUCGGCUCCGCGCCGCUUCCCGGCUCUACCGGCCGCUUGCCGAAGCGUUUCUGGUCCCUUCCUAGAGCUCGGGGACCGGGUUUUAGGCUCUUCUUCCCGCUGCGGGGAUGACUUUGGAGAGGGCGCCGAGCCGGUAGGGCGCAGUGUCCCGUGAACUGUGAGUACUGCGACUGAACGGUGGCCGGAGACCGGGCGAUUAGCACCCAUUGCAUGAAUUAUGAAACAAUAACUUUCGGAAGAAGCAGGAGGAGGAAAAAAGAAGCAUCUAUAACUGCCCCCCUCCCAUCGGCCGGCUCUUCACGCUGCUCUGGCCCCCUCCCUCCCCUCCCUCCUGUUUCUUCCUUUCCCCGAGAGGGGACUGAGGAGAGGGCAGGCGGCCAACCCCGAAGGAGGGGGGCGUCUAGGGGGUUGUGGUUAGAAGGAGCAGUAGCAGCAGCAGCAAGAGAAGAUGCUGAGGAUGCGGACGACCGGAUGGGCGCGCGGCUGGUGCUCGGGCUGUUGCCUCCUUCUGCCGCUCUGCCUCAGCCUGGCCGCCGCCAAGCAGCUGCUCCGGUACCGGCUGGCCGAGGAGGGCCCCGCCGACGUGCGGAUCGGCAAUGUGGCCUCAGACCUGGGCAUCGUGACCGGCUCGGGCGAGGUGACUUUCAGCCUUGAGUCUGGCUCCGAGUACCUGAAGAUCGACAACCUCACCGGCGAGCUGAGCACCAGCGAGCGGCGCAUUGACCGCGAGAAGCUGCCCCAGUGUCAGAUGAUCUUCGACGAGAACGAGUGUUUCCUGGACUUCGAGGUGUCGGUGAUCGGGCCCUCGCAGAGCUGGGUGGACCUGUUCGAGGGUCGGGUCAUCGUGCUGGACAUUAACGACAACACGCCCACCUUCCCGUCGCCCGUGCUCACACUCACGGUGGAGGAGAACCGGCCUGUGGGCACGCUCUACCUGCUGCCCACCGCCACGGAUCGUGACUUCGGCCGGAACGGCAUCGAGCGCUACGAGCUGCUCCAGGAGCCCGGGGGCGGCGGCGGCGGCGGCGGCGAGGGACGGCGCUCGGGGCCGGCGGACAGCGCCCCCUACGCCGGGGGCGGCGGGAACAGCGCUAGCGGCGGCCCAGGAGGCUCCAAGCGGAGGCUGGACGCGCCUGAGGGUGGCGACGGGACCACCCCGGGUGGCCGGAGCAGCGUGUUCGAGCUGCAAGUGGCGGACACCCCAGACGGCGAGAAACAACCGCAGCUGAUCGUGAAGGGGGCGCUGGACCGCGAGCAGCGAGACUCCUACGAGCUGACCCUCCGAGUGCGCGACGGGGGCGACCCACCUCGAUCCUCGCAGGCCAUCUUGCGGGUGCUCAUCACCGACGUGAACGACAACAGCCCCCGCUUCGAGAAGAGUGUGUAUGAGGCUGACCUGGCUGAGAACAGCGCUCCAGGCACCCCCAUCCUGCAGCUGCGCGCGGCCGAUUUGGAUGUGGGGGUCAAUGGACAGAUUGAGUAUGUAUUUGGGGCUGCCACCGAGUCAGUAAGGCGGCUACUGCGCCUCGACGAAACGAGCGGGUGGCUUAGUGUCUUGCACCGAAUCGACCGUGAGGAGGUGAACCAGCUGCGAUUCACAGUCAUGGCCCGUGACCGCGGCCAGCCCCCCAAGACCGACAAGGCCACGGUGGUCCUCAACAUCAAAGACGAAAACGACAAUGUGCCCUCCAUAGAAAUCCGAAAGAUUGGGCGCAUCCCACUUAAAGACGGAGUGGCCAACGUGGCCGAGGAUGUCCUAGUGGACACCCCCAUUGCCCUGGUGCAGGUGUCGGAUAGAGACCAAGGCGAGAACGGAGUAGUCACCUGCACUGUAGUGGGGGAUGUGCCUUUCCAGCUUAAGCCAGCCAGUGACACAGAGGGCGACCAGAACAAGAAAAAGUACUUCCUGCACACUUCGGCCCCUCUGGACUACGAGACCACCAGGGAGUUCAACGUGGUCAUAGUGGCUGUGGACUCAGGCAGCCCCAGCCUCUCCAGCAACAAUUCCUUGAUAGUCAAGGUGGGAGAUACCAACGACAACCCUCCGGUGUUUGGUCAGUCAGUGGUGGAGGUUUACUUCCCAGAGAAUAACAUCCCCGGUGAGAGGGUAGCCACAGUGCUGGCUACAGACGCCGACAGCGGGAAGAACGCAGAGAUAGCCUACUCGCUAGACUCCUCCGUGAUGGGGACUUUUGCUGUCGAUCCCGAUUCUGGGGACAUCCUGGUCAAUACGGUGCUGGACCGGGAGCAGACUGACAGGUAUGAGUUUAAAGUUAACGCCAAAGACAAAGGCAUUCCUGUGCUGCAGGGCAGCACCACGGUGAUCGUGCAGGUGGCAGAUAAGAAUGACAAUGACCCUAAGUUUAUGCAGGACGUCUUUACCUUUUAUGUGAAGGAAAACUUGCAACCCAACAGCCCCGUGGGAAUGGUCACUGUGAUGGAUGCCGACAAGGGCCGGAAUGCAGAGAUGAGCCUGUACAUAGAGGAGAACAGUAACAUUUUUUCCAUUGAAAAUGAUACAGGGACCAUUUACUCUACAAUGUCUUUUGACCGGGAACAUCAAACUACAUACACUUUCAGAGUGAAGGCUGUGGAUGGGGGAGAUCCUCCCAGAUCUGCCACAGCCACAGUCUCUCUGUUUGUGAUGGAUGAAAAUGACAAUGCUCCCACAGUUACCCUUCCCAGAAACAUUUCCUACACUUUACUGCCACCUUCAAGUAAUGUCAGGACAGUAGUAGCUACAGUGUUGGCCACAGACAGUGAUGAUGGCAUCAAUGCAGACUUGAACUACAGCAUUGUGGGAGGGAAUCCCUUCAAGCUGUUUGAGAUUGAUUCCACCAGUGGUGUGGUUUCCUUAGUGGGAAAACUUACCCAAAAGCACUAUGGCUUGCACAGGUUGGUGGUGCAAGUGAAUGACAGUGGGCAGCCUUCCCAGUCCACUACGACUUUGGUGCAUGUAUUUGUCAAUGAAAGUGUUUCUAAUGCAACUGUGAUUGACUCUCAGAUAGUCAGAAGUUUGCACACCCCGCUCACCCAGGAUAUAGCUGGUGACCCAAGCUAUGAAAUUAGCAAACAGAGGCUCAGUAUUGUCAUUGGAGUGGUUGCUGGCAUUAUGACAGUGAUUCUAAUCAUUUUAAUUGUUGUGAUGGCAAGGUACUGUAGGUCCAAAAAUAAAAAUGGCUAUGAAGCUGGCAAGAAAGAUCAUGAAGACUUUUUUACACCCCAACAGCACGACAAAUCUAAAAAGCCUAAAAAAGACAAGAAAAACAAAAAAUCUAAGCAGGCUCUCUACAGCAGCAUUGUCACCGUCGAAGCUUCUAAACCAAAUGGACAGAGGUAUGAUAGUGUGGAUGAGAAGCUGUCAGACAGCCCAAGCAUGGGGCGAUAUCGAUCUGUUAAUGGUGGGCCUGGCAGUCCCGACCUGGCAAGGCAUUACAAAUCCAGUUCUCCAUUGCCUACUGUCCAGCUUCACCCCCAGUCACCAACUGCAGGGAAAAAACACCAGGCUGUACAAGAUCUACCACCAGCCAACACAUUUGUGGGAGCAGGAGACAACAUUUCCAUUGGAUCAGAUCACUGCUCUGAGUACAGCUGUCAAACCAAUAACAAGUACAGCAAACAGCCAUUUCGUAGAGUGACGUUUUCUGUUGUGAGUCAGCCUCAGGACCCACAUCAGGGGUCACUGCAGAGUUGCUAUGACAGCGGGCUGGAGGAGUCAGAAACACCAAGCAGUAAGAGUUCAUCAGGGCCAAGACUGGGUGCCCUUCCACUCCCAGAGGACAACUAUGAAAGGACCACGCCGGAUGGCAGUGUUGGUGAGGCAGAGCAUAUGGAAAAUGAUUCAAGGCCUCUUCCAGAUGUCGCACUGACUGGCAAGUGUACCCGUGAAUGUGAUGAGUACGGCCACUCGGACUCCUGUUGGAUGCCAGUCCGCACUUCCCCAGAGAGGAAGAAGAGCCAGCCCAAACUCUCCACUUUCAUGCCUGUUGAUGAACGAGGAAGCCAGGAAAAGCUGGCCAAUGGAGAGGCUGCCAUCAUGGGUGAUCGCAAUAGAAACCUCCUCAACAAAAAGUUGACCUCAUCCUAUGAGACCUUCAGUGCAGCUAGUUUCAGCAAAAAUGAGGAAGCCAACCCUGAGGAUAUUCCCUUGACAAAAACAGGGGAAUACAAGCCAUCUCCUGUCAAUACUCUCACUAGAAGAGAAGUCUACCUGUAGGCUGUCAAAGAGCAACAGCAAAGCUCUUUUCAUGUAAGAGAAGGAGAAUAAGGGGUAAAAACCUUACAAAGCAAAAUCAUUUAAUCACAAAGAGGGGGCUACCAAAGAGACAAAGCUUUGCCUGCCACUUCUGCCUCCAGAUCAGGCCUUUAGUGAUGCUGUUAGCCUGAUUGCAAUGUGCAAUGUAGAAUCCAUUCUUGUUACUUGCAUGUCUAUACCCCUCACUGAUCCCAACACCCACUCUCUUUUCCCUUCCCGCCUCAG